GGCUGGUCCCCCACAGAGCUCAGCUUUGAGGAUGGAGUCAGGAGAGGGGUCCUCAACAGCCCCGACCCCCGCUGCUGCCCUGGAGGAGCCGAACAUGGAGCCUGACUGCUCUUCCCCAGGGCUGCCAAGGGCAGCCCCGGGGAAGUUCCAAGCACUGCCCCUUGGGUCCAGAGCCCCCCGCAAGGACCCUGACCCCGGGAGUCCUGGCAGCCCGACCGCAGGGGACAGGCCCCCAGAUGCAGGCCCCGCGGGGGACCCCAGUGGUGGCGCUAAGAUCCCUAAUCGCGACAGUGGGAUCGACAGUCCAUCCUGCAGCGUGGCCGGCGAGCACUUUCCCUGUGAAGAGGGUGGUGAGGCCGGCCUGGGCCCCAUGGUCCCGGGGCUACACCCAGAGGCAGCCCCAGAAGGUGGGGCCCUGCGGGAGGAGGCCGACAGCGAUGAUGUGGGCGAAGGUAGCGCUGAGGAGCCAGACACUGAGAACAGCCCGCCGGGGGCCCGUGGUAAUGCUGGCCUCACAGAGCUCAGCUAUCCCCAGAAGCUGCUCCACAUCGCCCAGGAGCUCCUGCACACAGAGAAAACCUACGUGAGACGGCUGCACCUACUGGACCAGGUUUUCUGCACCCAGCUGGCGGAAGCAGGCAUCCCUCCGGAAGUCACCACAGGCAUCUUCUCCAACAUCUCCUCGAUCUAUCGUUUCCACGGGCAGUUCCUCCUGCCGGAACUGCAGACACGGAUCACGGAGGAGUGGGACACGAACCCCCGGCUUGGAGACAUCCUGCAGAAGCUGGCCCCGUUCCUCAAGAUGUACGGCGAGUACGUCAAGAACUUCGACCGUGCUGUGGAGCUGGUGAGCACCUGGACCCAGCGCUCACCGCUGUUCAAAGAGAUCAUCCAGGGCAUACAGAAGCAGGAGGUGUGCGGGAACCUGACUCUGCAGCACCAUAUGCUGGAGCCCGUGCAGAGGGUCCCCCGCUACGAGCUGCUGCUCAAGGACUAUCUGAAGAGGCUCCCCGGAGACGCCCCUGACCGGAAGGAUGCAGAAAGGUCCCUGGAGCUCAUCUCCACUGCCGCCAACCACUCCAACGCCGCCAUCCGGAAAAUGGAGAAAAUGCACAAGCUGUUGGAGGUGUAUGAGCGACUUGGUGGCGAGGAGGACAUCGUCAACCCCGCCAACGAGCUCAUCAAGGAGGGCCACAUCCUGAAGCUGUCUGCCAAGAACGGCACUGCCCAGGACCGCCACCUCUUCCUGGUGCAGGAUAUCGUCAAGCCAAACGCACCCCACACUUUCGUCAUAAUGGGAAGGAAGCGGUCCCUGGAGCUGCAGACUCGGACGGAAGAAGAGAAAAAAGAAUGGAUUCAGGUCAUUGAGGCCACCAUUAAGAGGCACAGGCAGAACAGCCAGACCUUCAAGGCCUUCAGCGGCUCCUUCGGCCAGGAUGAGGACUCCUCUCUCGCCCCAGAGUCCCCUGUGGUGAGUGCCAGCUCUGAGGACCCUGCUGUGGCAGCCGGCGGUGGAGGGGGCACCACGGGGCCCGAGCCGAGGAGAGGGUCUGCUAAGACCAGGCGCGACAAGGAGAAGCAGGGCUGCAGGAGCUGCGGCGAGACCUUCAACUCCAUCACCAAGAGGAAGCACCGGUGCAAGCUGUGCGGGGCGGUCAUCUGUGGGAAGUGCUCCGAGUUCAAGGCUGAGAACGGCAGGCAGAGCCGAGUCUGCCGAGAGUGUUUCCUGACCCAGCAGGUAGCACCUGAGACCCCCAGCCCUGAGGCGGUGCCCGAGGACCCCAAGCACAGCACAGAGAAGGCGGCGGCUGUGGACGCCCAGCCCAGCCUGCUCUGUGGUCACCUGCGGGUGUCAGACAGCGGUGACGCUUGGAGCGAGGUGUGGGCUACCAUCCCCGCGUCGGAGCCCCUGGAGCUGGUGCUGCACCUGCAGGGAGGCAGCCAGGCUGGCCGGCCGCCACGCACCAUCCCCCUCUCGGGCUGCACAGUGAGCGUGCCAGACCCCACGGAGACUCUGGACACCGGGCAUGUGUGGCGGCUACAGCAGGCCCAGCAGGCCCUGUACCUGAGCACCCCGUCGGCAGAGCAGCAGCAGCGGUGGCUGGAGGCCCUGAGCGCAGCUGCCCGUGGAGACCCGGCUCGGGCCUUCCCAGGGGCCCCGUGAGCUGAGCCUCCGCCAGGUGUCCCCGCUCCGCAGCCACCACGGUGGGGCCUGUUGUCACCUGGGAGGUGGCGUCGGAGGCCGCGUGCAGGUGCAAAGGGCUCGGACCGCUGGGGGUGGACAGGUCACAGGGCGCUUGACCCUGAAGGGACCUCUCAGAAGCGGAGGAAACAGGCCCAGAGGGGGCAGCUGCCCACCCAGCAUGUCUCCGCAAAGAGCCUGGUUCUGCCCUCGGCCCCAGCUGUGUGGCCUGGAGUGAGGGUGCUGGCAGACUGUCUGGUGUGGGGCACCAGCUCUGGAAGGCAGAAGGAGCGACUUGGGGGUACCCGGGGCCUGGUGGAGGUCUGUAGUCCUGCCUUCCCUCUCUGCUGCCCCACCCCCGCCCCAUCCACACCGUCUGUACCCGUGAGCUGAACUGUGACCGGUGGUGGACUCCACCCCUCCUCCACCCUGUCCGGGCCCCGAGGCCCACCUCCCCAUUCGGACUGGCUGGUGGUCAGCCUGGGCCAUCCCUGCGGGACCUCCCUGAGAAAGUCAGCGGAGGCCAGCAGAGGCCUGAGUUGUGUGUGUGGCCAGCGGCAGGACCUGCUUGUCUGCAGAAAUAAAUGCUGGCAGCCAGCAGGUGGGCACAGCCUCAGGGCAGGGGCGCCAGGUGGGGAAAGAGGGUGACAGCACAGCUAGGCCUGGGGGUAUGGGACCCACCCUGUGGCGCAGUGUAGGGCCUGGGGC